AUGAAAUACCUGAGUACUCGCGGUGGCGCUGAGCGCCUUACGUUUGAGGAAGCAGUCCUUCGUGGCCUUGCUCCGAAUGGUGGUCUGUACGUUCCAGCGGAGAUGCCGCAGCUGCCGGCAGAUUGGCAGACGGCGUGGGCCGAUCUCUCGUUCGUCGAGCUAUCGUUCCGUGUGGUGUCCCUGUUUGUCCCGACGACCGAGGAGGAGGGCGGUAUCCCAUCGUCGGACUUGCGUGCGCUGAUCGAGAAGAGCUACGCUACUUUCCGCCACGAGGAUGUGACGCCGCUGCACCGUGUGUCGGAACACGAAUGGUGCUUGGAACUGUGGCAUGGCCCUACCUUCGCGUUCAAAGAUGUGGCAUUGCAGCUCCUUGGCAAUUUGUUUGAAUACUUCCUGGAGCGCCGUAACAUGCGCGACACAACGACGCCCCAUACGAUCACGGUCGUGGGUGCAACGAGUGGUGAUACUGGCAGUGCCGCGAUUGCCGGCCUGCGCUCCAAGGCCAAUGUCCAUAUCUUUAUCCUGCACCCUCGAGGCCGUGUGUCGCCGAUUCAGGAGGCGCAGAUGACGACGAUUCUGGACGAGAAUGUACACAACCUCGCCGUGGAAGGCACGUUUGACGAUUGCCAAGAUAUUGUCAAGGCGCUUUUCUCGGACAAGGCGUUCAACGAUAAGCACCACCUCGGUGCGAUCAACAGUAUCAACUGGGCGCGCAUUCUCUCGCAGAUUGUGUACUACUUUGCUGCCUUCUUUGCGCUGCGUCGCAAGGCCCCGGAGGUCGACCCACACCAAGUGCAGUUUGUCGUGCCGACAGGCAACUUUGGCGACAUCCUCGCUGGGUACUAUGCCAAGCGUCUGGGUGUGCCGAUGGCUGCGCUGGCCGUGGCUACGAACGAGAACGACAUUCUGCAGCGCUUCUGGGCGACAGGUCGUUACGAGAAGCAGGCAGAGGCGGGCGAUGUUCGCGCUACGCUGAGCCCGGCGAUGGACAUUCUUGUGUCGUCAAACUUUGAGCGAUUGCUGUUCUACAUUGCGAAAGAGACCUCAACAGCGGCCGACAAGGACGAGGAUGCCGGUCGUCAGGUCUCCGAGUGGAUGCAGGAGCUCAAGACGCAAGGUCGUAUGGUGGUGUCGGACGCGCAGCUCGCGCUGGCACGCCGCGACUUUGUUUCCGAGCGUGUCUCGGAUGCCGAGACGCGCGAUACGAUCCUGCGCUACUACCGCGCGGCGGACAACCGUGCGUCGUACCUUAUUGACCCCCACACGGCUGUGGCCUUUGAGACGGCGAACCGUCUUGCGAAUGGCCAGGCUGUGCCGCAAAUCAUUCUUUCAACAGCGCAUCCAGCCAAGUUCUCGGAAGCGGUCGUCUCGUCCAUCGCGAGCGACAGCAGCGAGAAGGAGGCGCUGGCAUUCUUCCAGACGCAGGUCCUUCCGAAGGAAAUGCAUGGUCUCCUGGAAAAGGAACGUCGUGUGGUCGGCGUGGCGCCUGCAGAGGGUAUGGACAAACUAGCUGGCUUGAUCGAGAGUACAAAGGCGGUCAUUGAGCGUGAUGGCUUCUCGCACUAA